UUGACUGAAUUUGCUAUAAUUUACUUCAUAUCACAGGUCGAAUCAUUUUUUGUUACAUGUUCGAUAUUUCGUUGGCUAAAAUAUUUCUGGCAAUCGUUAAUGGCAUUCUUGCGCUUAAAGCCUGCAGAUUACGUAAAUAUGGAAGCGGCUUGGUUGAAUGCUGUCUCACAGACAAGUAUCUUGCUAUUGCUUUACAUUUUUCAGUCAACUAAUUCUCAUGAUCUAAAAUUGCUUUUUAAUUUAUUAUUUUAUAACUUUUUUAAUUUAUCGCGUUUUUUGGCAUUAUAUGAUUUUGAAGCUCGAGCGUCAGAUGAAUUGACUUUCAGCGCUGGUCAGAUAUUAAGGAUUGCACCAAAAGAAAAGCAACCGGCCAUUCGCGGGUGGAUUCUCGGAAGCACAAAUGAUGGCAAAAAUAUUGGUCUUAUCCCGAUGAAUUAUAUAGAUAUUGUUUUGAAAAAAUCACCAGAUGUUUGUGAAACGGUAUUCAACGAAGCAGUUUCGCAAUAG